AUGCUUGACCUCGUGACCACGAAAGCCUUCAAGGCCUCGCAUCCACCACGCUUCUUGGCUGAUGCCUUAGUGCAUCCACUGCGUGUGCAUCGGAGACGCUUCGACACCAUCGGCAGAUGCAUGCUGCACAGCGCCCAAAGCUUUCCACAAGACCUGACCGCUGCUCAUUCCGGGCCCAAUGCAUUGGCACAGCAUGUGGUGUUGUAG